AUGCAGCAGUACGGUCGCGACAGAAUCGGAACUCGACGGAUGACGGAUGACGCUCCGGUGGCCCCCGAGGGAGCAUACAGCAUGCGAGCCAGAAUCUUGGGUAGCAUGGUUUCGCGUCAGUCGAAUUUCGUUGCCAUUAAACUUCUUUUGGUGCUGCCUCGUCACUCCAGUCUCAGUGACAGUAUCGAGGAGGACUGCGAGAGUGGCGCUGGUCAAUCGGCAUCCACGGAGGGGGUGGACGGUCAGCUGCUGCUUCUCGACAUCGAGCUGUAA